AUGCCAAACCUAGAAAUCGCAGCUUUUACUCCCUCCUCUGCUCUUUUAGCUCUCAAAUCCGGCGCGCGGCGCAUAGAGCUCUGCGCACACAAGGAUAAAGAUGGAUUGACGCCUGACGUGAAGGAUUUCUCGAGUGUUUACUCUGCACUACAUGCCCAGAAUGAGAAAAGAUUUGAUGGGAAGGUCAACGAGAAAAAAGAAGAAGAAGAAGAUGGAGAAAUCAAUAUCAUGAUUCGACCUGUUGAUAAUAGUUCGCUGGGCGUAGGUCCCGACGAUAAUUUCAGGGUGGGAGAUGAACUCAUAAACCUGAACUUCACAUCUCUCCUCACAUCUGGUGGCGCUCCCACUUCCGUUCAAGGAGUUGUGCAACUCCAAAAAUUGGUACAGCAAGCAGCGGGUAGAAUCGAUAUCAUUGUAGGAGGCGGUGUACGCAGUAGAAAUCUCGAAGAGUUGGUACAAGAAACAGGAGCGGGAUGGUUCCAUAGUAGUGCUGUGGUAGGCGACGGAGAAAAUGUAAAUGGUGAGGAGGUAGAGAAAAUGAGGGAUAUCUUGGGGGGUACGAGAGUUGGUUAA